CUGUCCACCUCUUCUGUCCUUCCACGGGUUCCCUUCCCCAUCCUCUGGCCCCCACCGUCUUAAAAGCGUUGGGAAGGAAUUUUCCCGCAGGUUGCGAAGGGAACCCAACUUGUUGCCCACUUGCCUUCUGGUGAGGACGGCUUCCCCCCCACCACCCACUCAAGAUGCUCAGGGGUCCUGGGCCCCGGCUGCUGCUGCUGGCGGUCCUGUGCCUGGGGACAGCGGUGCCCUCCACUGGGGCCUCGAAGAGCAAGAGGCAGGCUCAGCAAAUCGUGCAACCCCAAUCCCCCGUGACUGUCGCUCAAAGUAAGCCUGGUUGUUUUGACAAUGGAAAACACUAUCAGAUAAACCAACAGUGGGAGCGCACCUACCUAGGCAAUGCCUUGGUCUGUACCUGUUAUGGAGGGAGUCGAGGUUUCAACUGCGAGAGCAAACCUGAGCCUGAAGAGACUUGUUUUGACAAGUAUACUGGGAACACUUACCGAGUGGGUGACACUUAUGAGCGCCCUAAAGAUUCCAUGAUCUGGGAUUGUACCUGCAUCGGGGCCGGGAGAGGGAGAAUAAGCUGCACGAUUGCAAACCGCUGCCACGAAGGGGGUCAGUCCUACAAGAUCGGUGACACCUGGAGGAGACCUCAUGAGACUGGUGGUUACAUGUUGGAGUGUGUGUGUCUUGGCAACGGGAAAGGAGAGUGGACCUGCAAGCCUAUAGCUGAGAAAUGUUUUGAUAAUGCUGCUGGGACUUCCUAUGUUGUUGGGGAAACCUGGGAAAAGCCCUAUCAAGGCUGGAUGAUGGUGGAUUGUACUUGCCUGGGAGAAGGCAGCGGACGCAUCACUUGCACCUCUAGAAACAGAUGCAACGAUCAGGACACAAGGUCAUCCUAUAAAAUUGGAGAUACCUGGAGCAAGAAGGAUAAUCGAGGAAACCUGCUGCAGUGCAUCUGCACAGGCAACGGCAGAGGGGAGUGGAAGUGCGAAAGGCACACAUCUCUGCAGGCCACGUCCUCUGGCUCUGGCUCCAUCACAGAUGUCCGGAAAGCCAUUUACCAGCCCCCGACUCACCCCCAGCCUGUUCCCUAUGGUCACUGUGUCACAGACAGUGGUGUGAUCUACUCUGUGGGGAUGCAAUGGCUGAAGACACAAGGAAACAAGCAAAUGCUUUGCACUUGCUUGGGCAAUGGCAUCAGCUGUCAGGAGACAGCGGUAACCCAGACUUUUGGUGGCAAUUCAAACGGGGAGCCGUGCGUCUUACCAUUCGUCUACAAUGGCAGGACUUUCUACUCCUGCACCACAGAAGGGCGACAGGAUGGGCAUCUUUGGUGCAGCACGACUUGGAAUUAUGAACAGGAUCAGAAAUACUCUUUCUGUACAGACCAUACUGUUUUGGUUCAAACUCGAGGUGGAAAUUCCAAUGGUGCCUUGUGCCACUUCCCCUUCCUGUACAACAACCGCAAUUACACCGAUUGUACUUCUGAGGGCAGGAGAGACAACAUGAAAUGGUGCGGAACCACACAGAACUAUGAUGCUGACCAGAAGUUUGGAUUCUGCCCCAUGGCUGCCCAUGAGGAAAUCUGCACAACCAACGAAGGAGUCAUGUAUCGCAUUGGAGACCAGUGGGAUAAGCAACAUGAUAUGGGCCACAUGAUGAGGUGCACGUGUAUUGGGAAUGGCCGUGGAGAAUGGACAUGUGUCGCCUACUCCAAACUCCGAGAUCAGUGCAUUGUUGAUGACAUCACUUACAACGUGAAUGACACAUUCCACAAGCGACACGAAGAGGGACACAUGCUGAACUGUACCUGCUUUGGUCAGGGCCGAGGCCGAUGGCAGUGUGAUCCCAUUGAUCAGUGCCAGGAUUCAGAAACUCGGACAUUUUAUCAAAUUGGAGACUCAUGGGAGAAACAUGUGCAUGGUAUCAGGUACCAGUGCUACUGCUAUGGCCGUGGCAUUGGGGAGUGGCACUGCCAGCCCUUGCAGGCCUAUCCAGGUACAUCUGGUCCUGUCCAAGUAAUUAUCACUGAGACCCCCAGUCAGCCCAACUCUCACCCCAUCCAUUGGAAUGCACCAGAACCAUCUCACAUCACCAAGUACAUUCUCAGGUGGAGACCUAAAAAUUCUGUGGGCCGUUGGAAAGACGCUACCAUUCCUGGUCACUUAAACUCCUACGUCAUCAAAGGCCUGACCCCAGGAGUGAUAUAUGAGGGGCAGCUCAUCAGUAUUCAGCAGUAUGGCCACAGAGAAGUGACACGCUUUGACUUCACCACCACCAGCAGCAGCACCCCCAAAGGGACCAGCAACACCGUGACAGGAGAGACGACACCUUUGUCACCGGUAGUGGCCACGUCUGAAUCUGUGACUGAAAUCACUGCCAGCAGCUUUGUGGUCUCAUGGGUCUCAGCUUCCGAUACUGUGUCUGGAUUCCGGGUGGAGUAUGAACUGAGUGAGGAGGGAGAUGAGCCACGGUACCUGGAACUCCCGAGCACAGCCACUUCUGUGAGCAUCCCUGACCUGCUUCCUGGCCGAAAGUACAUUGUAAAUGUCUAUCAGAUAGCCGAAGACGGGGAGCAAAGUUUGAUCCUGUCUACCUCACAGACAACAGCUCCUGAUGCCCCUCCUGAUCCUACUGUGGGCCAAGUUGAUGACACCUCCAUUGUUGUUCGAUGGAGCAGACCCCAGGCACCAAUCACAGGGUACAGAAUAGUCUAUGCACCAUCAGAAGAGGGCGGUAGCACCGAGCUCAACCUCCCCGAGACUGCCAACUCUGUCACUCUCAGUGACUUGCAGCCUGGAGUUCAGUACAACAUCACCAUCUAUGCGGUGGAAGAAAACCAGGAGAGUACUCCUGUCUUCAUCCAGCAAGAAACCACAGGCACCCCACGGUCAGAUAAAGUUCCCCCUCCCAAAGACCUGCAGUUUGUGGAAGUGACAGACGUGAAGGUCACCAUCAUGUGGACACCCCCUGACAGUGCAGUGACCGGCUAUCGUGUGGAUGUGAUCCCUGUCAACUUGCCUGGGGAGCAUGGGCAGAGGCUGCCCAUUAACAGGAACACUUUUGCAGAAGUCAUGGGGUUGUCCCCCGGGGCCACCUAUUACUUCAAGGUCUUUGCUGUGAACCAGGGGAGGGAGAGCAAGCCUCUGACUGCACAACAGACAACCAAACUGGAUGCUCCCACUAACCUCCAAUUUGUCAAUGAAAGUGACACAACUGUCCUGGUAACUUGGACCCCACCUCGGGCCCGGAUCUCAGGGUACCGACUGACGGUGGGCCUGACCCGAGGAGGCCGGCCCAAGCAGUACAACGUGGGGCCCUCUGUCUCCAAGUACCCCCUGAGGAACCUGCAGCCUGGGUCUGAGUACACUGUCACCCUCGUAGGUAUCAAAGGCGACCAAGAGAGCCCCAAAGCCACUGGAGUCUUCACUACAUUGCAGCCAUCGAGCUCCAUUCCACCUUUCAACACAGAGGUCACUGAGACCACCAUUGUGAUCACAUGGAUCCCUGUUCCAAGGAUUGGGUUUAAGCUGGGUGUGCGACCAAGCCAGGGAGGUGAGGCCCCACGAGAAGUGACUUCAGACUCAGGAAGCAUUGUCGUGUCUGGCUUGACUCCAGGAGUAGAAUAUGAUUACAGUGUCCAAGUCCUGAGAGAUGGGAAAGAAAUCGAACAGCCGAUUGUCAACAGAGUGGUGACACCACUGUCUCCACCGACAAACUUGCACCUGGAGGCCAACCCUGAUACUGGAGAGCUUACUGUGUCCUGGGAAAGGAGCACCACCCCAGGUAUCACUGGCUAUAGAAUCACCACCACCCCUACAAGCGGACAGCAGGGUAAUGCUUUGGAAGAAAUGGUUCGUGCGGAUCAGAGUUCUUGCACUUUUGAAAAUCUGAGUCCCGGCCUGGAAUACAAUGUCAGUGUUUACACUGUCAAAGAUGACAAGGAAAGUGUCCCUAUCUCUGAUACCAUCAUCCCAGCUGUCCCUCCUCCCACGGACCUGAGAUUCACCAAUGUUGGUCCAGACACUAUGCGUGUCACCUGGGCGCCCCCUUCAUCUAUUGAGCUGAGCAACCUGUUGGUGCGCUACUCACCUGUGAAAAACGAGGACGAUGUUGCAGAGUUGUCGAUUUCUCCAUCCGACAACGCAGUGGUCUUAACAAACCUCCUGCCUGGGACCGAAUAUUUAGUCAGUGUUUCCAGUGUCUACGAACACCACGAGAGCACACCUCUUAAAGGAAGACAGAAAACACGUCUUGAUUCCCCAUCUGGCAUUGACUUCUCUGACAUCACUCCCAACUCUUUCACCGUCCACUGGAUUGCGCCUCGAGCUGCCAUCACUGGCUACUGGAUUCGCCAUCAUCCUGAGCAUAGUGCCGGGAGACCCCGAGAAGAUAGAGUGCCCCCCUCUCGGAAUUCCAUCACCCUCACCAACCUCAGUCCAGGCACAGAAUAUGUGGUCAGCAUUGUUGCUCUUUAUGGCAGAGAGGAGAGUUCCCCCUUGAUUGGCCAACAGUCAACAGUUUCUGAUGUCCCAAGGGACCUGGAAGUCAUUGCCUCCACUCCCACCAGCGUAUUGAUCAGCUGGGAAGCCCCUGCUGUCACAGUGAGAUAUUAUAGGAUCACCUAUGGAGAAACAGGAGGAACGAGCCCUGUUCAGGAGUUCACUGUCCCUGGGAGCAAAUCCACAGCUACCAUCAGCGACCUUAAACCUGGAGUAGAUUACACCAUCACAGUGUAUGCUGUCACUGGCCGUGGGGACAGCCCAGCCAGCAGCAAGCCAAUUUCCAUUGACUAUCGAACAGAAAUUGACAAGCCAUCCCAGAUGCAAGUGACUGAUGUUAAGGAUAACAGCAUUAGUGUCAGGUGGCUGCCUUCAAGUUCUCCAAUUACUGGUUACAGAGUGACCACCGUUCCCAAAACGGGUAAAGGACCAUCACAAACUAGAACUGCAGGUCCAGAUCAAACAGAAAUGACCAUUGAAGGCUUGCAGCCCACAGUGGAGUAUGUGGUUAGUGUUUAUGCUCAGAAUGGAAAAGGAGAAAGCCAGCCUCUGGUUCAAACUGCAGUAACCAACAUUGAUCGCCCUAAAGGACUGGCAUUCACUGAUGUGGAUGUCGAUUCCAUCAAAAUUGCUUGGGAAAGCCCACAGGGGCAAGUUUCCAGGUACAGGGUGACCUACUCAAGCCCUGAGGAUGGAAUCCAUGAGCUAUUCCCUGCACCUGAUGGUGAAGAAGACACUGCAGAGCUGCAAGGCCUCAGGCCGGGUUCUGAGUACACAGUCAGUGUGGUUGCCUUGCACGAUGAUAUGGAGAGCCAGCCCCUGAUUGGAACCCAGUCCACAGCCAUCCCUGCUCCAACCAACCUGAGGUUCACUCAGAUUACACCAACAAGCUUUAGUGCCCAGUGGACACCACCCAAUGUCCAGCUCACUGGAUAUCGAGUACGAGUUACCCCCAAAGACAAGAAGACUGGACCAAUGAAGGAAAUCAACCUUGCUCCUGACAGCACCUCUGUGGUUGUAUCAGGACUCAUGGUGGCUACCAAAUAUGAAGUGAGUGUCUAUGCUCUUAAGGACACACUGACCAGCAGACCAGCUCAGGGGAUCAUUACCACUCUGGAGAAUGUCAGCCCUCCCAGAAGGGCUCGUGUGACAGAUGCUACUGAGACCACCAUCACCAUUAACUGGCGAACCAAGACCGAGACGAUCACUGGUUUCCAAGUUGAUGCCGUCCCAGCCAAUGGCCAGACCCCAGUUCAGAGAACCAUCGGCCCAGAUGUCAGAAGCUAUACCAUCACAGGUUUGCAACCCGGCACGGACUACAAGAUCUACCUGUAUACCCUGAACGACAAUGCCCACAGCUCCCCCGUGGUCAUCGAUGCCUCCACUGCCAUUGAUGCACCAUCCAACCUGCGCUUCCUGACCACCACCCCCAACUCCUUGCUGGUAGCAUGGCAGCCGCCCCGUGCCAAGAUCACUGGCUACAUCAUUAAAUAUGAGAAGCCUGGGUCCCCUCCCAGAGAAGUGGUCCCUCGGCCCCAACCUGGUGUCACAGAGGCCACUAUUACUGGCCUAGAACCAGGAACCGAGUACACCAUCUACAUCAUUGCCCUGAAGAACAACCAGAAGAGUGAGCCCCUGAUUGGGAGGAAAAAGACAGAUGAGCUUCCCCAACUGGUAACCCUUCCUCACCCCAAUCUUCAAGGACCAGAGAUCUUGGAUGUUCCCUCCACAGUUCCAAAGACCCCAUUCAUCACCAGCCCUGGGGUUGACAAUGGAAACGGUAUUCAGCUUCCUGGCACAAGCCAUCGGCAGCCCAGUUUUGGGCAACAAAUGGUCAUUGAGGAACAUGGUUUUAGGAGGACCACACCACCCACAGCGGUCACCCCCGUAAGGCAUAGGCCAAGACCAUACUCGCCGACUAUAGAUGAGAUUCAUGUCCCCAGGGGAGAAGUAGACUACCACCUCUACCCUCACAUUACGGAGCUCAAUCCAAAUGCCUCUACAGGACAAGAAGUUCUCUCUCAGACAACCAUCUCUUGGACCCCGUUCCAGGACAGUUCUGAGUAUAUCAUUUCAUGUCAGCCCAUUGGCACGACAGAAGAACCCUUACAGUUCCGAGUUCCUGGAACUUCCACCAGUGCCACUCUGACAGGCCUUACCCGAGGGGCCACCUACACCAUCCUAGUGGAGGCAAUGAAAAACCUGAAGAGGCACAAGGUUCUGGAGGAGGUUGUGACUGUGGGCAACCCUGGCCCAAACCAACCUAUUGAUGACACCUGCUUUGACCCCUACUCGGCUUCCCAUUAUGACAUUGGAGACGAAUGGGAGCGAAUAUCUGAAACUGGUUUUAAACUCACGUGCCAGUGCUUGGGCUUUGGCAGUGGGCAUUUCAGAUGCGAUUCAUCUAAAUGGUGCUACGACAAUGGUGUGAAUUACAGGAUUGGGGAGAAGUGGACUCGCAGGGCAGACAACGGCGAGAUGCUGAGCUGCACGUGCCUGGGCAAUGGGAAAGGAGAAUUCAAGUGCGAUCCCGAUGGGACAACAUGCUACGAUGAUGGGAAGGUUUACCAGGUGGGAGAACGGUGGCAGAAGGAAUUUUUAGGUGCCAUUUGUUCCUGUACAUGCUUUGGAGGCCAGCAGGGCUGGCUCUGUGACAACUGUUACAGACCAGGUGGUUCAACUGUUCCUGAAGGCCCCUCCUCAGGUCACUCCCCCAACCAGUAUACACCGAGAUAUCAUCAGAGAACACACACUAAUGUUGAUUGCCCAAUCGAGUGCUUCCUGCCUUUAGAUGUGCAGGCUGACAAAGAAGAUUCCAGAGAGUAAUAUUUGCAACCCAGCGGAACAAGCAUCUAUGUCUGCCAUGGUCUAUCCGAAGUCAAGUGAUGUUAGCAGACCCCAUCUUUGAAUGUUUGUUUCUUUCUUAGCCUUUUGCUCUGGAGACUCCAGCUUCAGCUCAACUCACGGCUUCUCCAAGCAUCACCCUGGGAAGUGUUUUGAGACUUUUCUCAUAAAUGAGGGCAGUGUGUUGCCUGUUCUGCUUCAGAGUAGUCGACACUGCUCAGUAUUUUAAAUGAAAUGAUUCUCGGUGUGAUUUGGUUUGAAUAAUGUUACCAAAAUUUUAAAUAGGAAAGUUGCCCAAACACUUCUGCUUUCAUUUAAUUGUCUGGCCCACAAUACUACAGGAAUGGCGUGUCCUUGCUACUGUGAUAUUUAAAAUAUCCACAGUAUUCACUUCUUCCAAAUGAUUCUAACAGUUGCUUAGAAGUGUCUUUCUCUUACCUGUUAUUUAUCAAUUUUUCUCAGUAUUUUUAUACAGAAAAAAAUUGUAUUGAAGACACUUGGUAUGCGGUUGAUAAGAGAAAUUUGGUAUAAUUAUGGUUGGUGAUUAUUUUUUAUACUGUCUGUGCCAAAGCUUUACUACUGUGGAAAGACAACUGUUUUAAUAAAAGAUUUACAUUCCACAA